AUCCGUCAUUGUUAACUGUCAAGUGUCAAAGUCACUCAAGCCAAAUUAGGUUAAGUUUUAACGUCAAAUUUAGCACAAAUCGAUUUUUAUUCCAAGUAAAUUGCUCUAAAUUCCUAGUAGCAAUGGGGCACGGUUUUGGCCAGUUGUACAAACUUCGGGGCAUCAUCACCUACAGGUUGUCCCCAUUCGAGCUUAAAGCCUUCUCUGGAUUGUUCUCACACGGAAUUCCCAACACCCUCAGACGCAUUCGAGAAGAAAUUCUAUAUGUUGUGCCCCCACUGGCCAUCGGAUACGUGGUCUACGAUCAAGUGGAAAAGGAACACAUGAGGCUAAUGCGAAAAAAUCCCGCUGAUUACGAAAAUGAUCAAUAAAUUAGUGAUUGUAGAGUAAAUUAAACGCUAUAGUAGUGAAAA